CAAGCUUGUCUCUUUCUUUUAGCAUGGAAGUUGAUAUUUGUUAGAGCAACAUAGCUCCAGCGCUCUCGUAGCUAUGAGCGCUGCGAGGAUCUUGAGUUCCCGCCACUUUCGCUACACUGCUCUUGCAGCUGCAACGUACGCUGGAUGCCAUUGCGCAACUCGACGAACAUGUGUCGCCAAACUCGACAGCGCUCCUCGACCAGGCCUUCCCCACGAUGCCCACCUAGUCGCAUAUGGCCAGCGUAUUCAAAGCCAUUUUCCUCACGAAGACCCUAAAAAUGCAACGAAACGAGGAGACGCCGAAGUCAUUGGGAAGACUAAUGAUCAAGACCAAUACGCUCCCGGCUUUGAAGACGAUGACCACAACUCUUGGUCUGCCUUCUCCCGGAACUUCAACAAUGUUAGAGAAGGAAUCACAGGGAUAGAAUGGAGUGCUUUGGGCGACAAGAUUACUGAUUUUGUCAUUCCGACCUGGGCAAAAGGCCUCCCGGACGCUAUUCAGAAGUUACAAGCUGAAUUGUCAAUGCUGCCGGGCUCAUUGGCUGAUGAGAUUUGGCAAGAGGCGCAUGAUCCAUCAAUCAACCCUGAGAUACUAUGGAACGCAACCGUACGGGUGGGCGAUACUCUCGGCAAAGAUGAACUUGACUUUCGUCGCAAGAGGAAACAACACGUCGUGAAAGCGUUAGCUAAGUACUUGGAUAUCAACGAGAAGGACAUACACCCUGACGAUGUACCAACUAUCGCCAUGUGUGGUAGUGGCGGUGGUCUGCGUGCAAUGGUUGCAGGGACGAGCAGCUAUCUAUCCGCCCAAGAGGUGGGCCUGUUUGAUUGUGUGACUUACACCGCUGGUGUCAGUGGUAGUUGCUGGCUACAAACCCUGUUCUAUUCGUCUCUUGGGAAGCAAGACCACAGAGCCAUACUAAAGCACCUAAAGUCAAGGUUAGGCACACAUAUCGCAUUUCCUCCGCCAGCUUUGAAACUUGUCACGAGCGCCCCCACAAACAAAUACAUCCUCAGUGGCUUCGUCGAAAAGCUCAAGGGCGAUCCCGGCGCAUCGUUUGGCCUGGUCGACAUUUACAGUCUACUUCUUGCAGCUCGCCUUAUGAUCCCUCAUGGUGAUCUUGACGUACACGACUACGACUUGAAGCUCUCAAAUCAGCGGGCGUACCUCGAACAUGGCCAAUACCCAAUGCCUAUCUAUACUGCAGUUAGACACGAAAUACCCGUAGAUGAGGAAGAAAGAGAACAAGCCAAAGAUAAUCUAGCUUUGAAACAGACAUUACAGGAAAAAGCUCGAAAAGAAGCUUGGUUUCAGUGGAUAGAAAUGCAUCCCUGGGAGAUCUGGUGCGAAGAGUUUGGAGCUGGUAUUCCCACUUGGAGUUUGGGUCGGCCUUUCAAUGAAGGGAGAAAUCAGAUCCUGGACACAGGUAUUGCCUUGCCAGAAAUCCGGCAAAGUCUUCUCCUUGGUAUCUGGGGAUCCGCAUUUUGCGCGACACUUUCGCAUUAUUACAAAGAGAUCAAGCCCGCGAUGGCCGGCAUAGUCGGAUUCGGAGGCCUAGACGGCCUGAUAGAGGAGAAGAACGACGACUUGAUCAAGAUACAUCCCAUCGAACCAGCCACUGUCCCCAACUAUGUUUUUGGCAUGAAGGAUAAGUUACCGUCUACUUGUCCCGAAUCCGUCUUCAAGAGUGACCAUCUUCAACUCAUGGAUGCAGGAAUGAGCAAUAACCUUCCAAUAUACCCCCUCCUACGACCAGGACGAGACGUCGAUAUUCUCAUCGCUUUCGAUGCUUCGGCGGACAUCCAAAAAGAAAACUGGCUGUCUGUUGUCGACGGUUACGCCAAACAGCGAGGCAUCAAAGGAUGGCCGGUUGGCGCUGGCUGGCCGAGUACCAUGAGCAAACCCAAGGAGAACGCCGAAGCACUCGCCAAGGCACAAGCGAGUUCGUCGCAAGAGGCCGCCACCAAACUCGCAGCAGCCAGAGAAGAGGACCGCCAGGAGAGAGUUGAGAUUCAAGAGAACAAGACACAAGCCAAGAACAAGAAAGAGAGCGGGGGAGAUGUUCCCGAGAGCCCUACGACGGGCAAAGAGGCCGACGCAACUGCCACCGAGCUCGGCGCCUGCAACGUCUGGGUUGGGACCAAGUCAGAACGUACGUCCGACCAAGAACCACCACCAUCCAAACGUCUAGCGUGGGACAGUACGGACGACAGCACCUUCCACCUCAUGCAUCCGGAAGCUGGCAUUGCCGUUGUGUAUUUCCCCUUGCUGCCGAAUGACAAGGUGGCGGGCGUCGACCCCGACACGAGCGAAUACAUGAGUACAUGGAACUUCAUCUACACACCCGAGCAGAUUGACAAUGUCGUGCGUCUGGCCAGGGCAAAUUUCGAGGAGGGAAAGGAUGCGACAAAGAGGACUGUAAGAGCCGUGUAUGAGCGCAAGAAGAAGCAGCGCAUAGAGAGGGAGGCCUCGGCCAAAAGGAAACAAUGGAAGAGGCUGGUGAGGAAGGAAAAUGAUCAUUUUGGUACGAGUUGAACCACAAUCAGUAAGCAAAUGACAGAGGCGUCGUUGGAGGUUCCGUCCUUCACAUAGACAGGUGUCAUAUCAAGAUGAUCAGGAUGUGUCUAUCUUUGAUACGUCAAAUGCAACAUCAUGACUUGACGCUGGUUAUAGGAUCAAUUUGAUCUCGGGGUAUAUGUAAUAUGUAUUCAUCUCAUAAAUUUGCACGUUGAGUGCAGUUCCCACCCAA